UGGACUAGAUAUCUUGGAGACACUGCCAGAUCCAUUCUUUUUGAGCAGCACUAAUGAAGCCAAGGAGCUGGUGGAUGCUGCAUACAAGUACGAACGGGACAGCAAAGGAGGCAUUCCGGAAAAAGGACAUCAGCCCCUCAGAUUUCCUGAGACAUUUAAAGGAGCCAGUGGGAGGAACCAGGUCUGCAAUCCGAGCUGCCGAUUACAUGGAAACCACCCUGCGCCUCCUGAAGAAGAAGUUGUUUCGCAUGGUGAAAAGAGAAUUUAAUAUCACAGAUGUACUAAGUAGGAAGCAGAAGGAAAUUAUUUCCAAGGCAACUGGUUGCGACUAUCAGAUUCGUUCCAUUAGGUGCCCGAGGAGUAGCAUUUACCGGACCAUUACUGGAGAAUGCAACAACAGGAAGCAUUAUUAUUUUGGAGCUUCCAAUCACGGAUAUGCCCGAUGGCUCCCGGCGGAGUAUGAGGAUGGAGUGUCUCUUCCCAGAGGAUUAACUGAAGGAAAACUUUACAAUGGAUUUCCGCUCCCACUGGUUCGAAAAGUGUCAAAUGAAAUAAUUCACACAGCCAAUGAGAAUGUCACGCAAGACCAGGAGCGCUCUGUCAUCUUCGUGCAGUGGGGUCAGUGGGUUGACCACGAUUUGGACUUAGCCCCUGUCACUACUACAAAAAUCAACAAUAAAGAAGUUCAUUGUGAGACCAGUUGCACCUUUGAGCCACCUUGCUUCCCAAUUAAGAUUCCCCCUCAUGAUCCACGAAUUAAGGAUCCAAAUACUUGUAUGCCAUUCAUCCGUACAGCUCCAGUGUGCAAUGCCAAAACAUUUAUGCACGAGCAGAUCAAUGCAAUCACCUCAUUCAUGGAUGCCAGCAUGGUGUAUGGCAGUGAAGUACCUCUAGCUAACAGUCUUAGGAAUCAGACAAACCAGCUUGGUUUGAUGGCGCUGAACCAGAACUUUACGGAUGCGGGGUUGGGAUUACUGCCCUUUGAGAACAAUUCCCAAAGCCCCUGUUUAUUCACAAACAAGACCAUGAAUAUCCCCUGUUUUAAAGCAGGUGAUGCACGAGCAACUGAAAAUCUGGGACUUACAGCUAUACACACUCUCUUUGUGCGGGAGCACAAUCGCUUGGCUACCAAGUUGAAGAAAUUAAAUCCAAAGUGGGAUGGAGAGAAGCUCUACCAGGAGGCUCGAAAAAUCAUAGGUGCCAUGACCCAGGUAGUAACAUACAGAGACUACUUGCCACUUCUGCUUGGAGAUGAGACUGAGAAGGAAAUACCAUGCUAUGGGGGCUAUGAUGAGUCUGUGGAUCCCACCGUGGCAAAUGUAUUCUCCUUGGCUUUUCGGUUUGGUCAUGGUGCAGUACAGCCUUUUGUGAUCCGUUUAGAUGAUCAUUUCCAACCUUUGGGUCCACAUUUCCGGGUCCCUCUUCACCUCACAUUCAGUGCUUCCUGGAGGGUUGUAAUGGAAGGUGGCAUUGACCCGCUUCUCCGUGGUCUGCUGGUUAACCAUGCAAAACUAAUGAAACAGAACCAAAUGGUGGUUGAGGAGCUCCAGGAGCGGCUUUUUGAACAGGUAGAAAUAAUUGGACUGGAUCUAGCAGCCUUAAACCUGCAACGGGGAAGAGAUCAUGGUCUUCCAGGGUAUAACGCCUGGAGGCAAUUCUGUGGGCUUUCACAGCCUCGCAACUUAGCUGAACUCUCUAAAGUGCUGAGAAAUCGUAAGCUAGCCAAGAAGUUCAUGGACCUGUACGGGACACCAGACAAUAUUGACAUCUGGAUUGGGGCUAUGGCAGAGCCGUUUGUUCCCAAUGGCAGAGUGGGACCUCUCCUGGCUUGCAUCAUUGGAUCUCAGUUCAGGAAAUUGCGAGAUGGGGACAGGUUCUGGUGGGAGAAUCCCGGGGUUUUCACUCCACAGCAGCGCCGUGCCCUGAGCAGCAGUUCAUUGCCACGGGUUCUCUGUGAUAACACUCGCAUUAGAGAGGUGCCCAGGGACGUGUUCAGGGUCAACCGCUAUCCUGAGGACUUUGUGAACUGCAGAAUGAUCGACCGUCUUGACUUGUCACCUUGGAGACAACGCAGUAACUAGGGAGUGGAAGAACAAGCAUCCAAUGACUCCUUAUGAUGGAAGUUGAGAUUUCCUUGGAGGGCUGGAUUCAGGAUGCUGCUGGCAAGGAUCCUUCACUCCUUUCAGUCUAACCCUCCACUGACUUUUCCUGGCUGGAAUGCAUGGCCUAGCUGCUGCCAUUUUGCCUGUGUUUGUGUUGAUUUUCUUCCAUUUGCAGAAACUUCCAACCCUGUAAUUAGCUUGCAAGUGGCCAUUGCUAAAAGAACCAGGAUUAGCUAAUAACACUAGCUAAAGAUGUCCAGAUUGAAUUGAAGCCCAUGAGCGCAGAUUUACAAGUUAGUGAUUGUAGGCUGCCUACUGGCACCUAUUUUUGUGAUUCUUCAAUUUCUUUAUAAUACAGGUGAUUGAUUCUCUUUCUGGUUUCUCUGAAUGGUGAAUGGACAAGUUGUACACAUUUAAGAUAUUAUCUCAAUAAAGCCUGAUUUAUGCAAAAGUGUAUUUGGGUACAAUCACCUCCCAUUUCUGAUUAUUGUUAGUACAUUGGAACAAAUAUACUGUUAACCAAAUAGCACUAUCUAGCAGACUAUAUACGUCUCUAGCACCCCUCAGGGAAAGGGCCACUACUCCUGUCUCAGAGUCCAGGGCACUGCCCCCCAGCUGUUUCGUUCAAGGCGUCAGCCCCCUUUUGUGCCAACCAAAAGUCAGCAUGCUUCUGCAGCCCACAAAAAGCAUAGUCUGAGACCUUUGGGAAGCCAAAGAAAGAGAAAAGACCUGGCACUUCUCCUUUCUGAGAGAGCUUUGGGGGACAAGGCUCUCAAACUUUUUCCCUGUUCUGCAAUCCCUGCUUCCAGGGGCCAAAGGGCUCUGAGUUGCAGUCCUGCUCCUUCAGAGUGCCACCCUGCCUCCCUUUUAGGGACCCACCCAUCUCCGGGCUUGACAUGCCUCACAGGUACAGCAGACUGAGGCUGAUUGUGCCCACAGGAGUUCUUUAACUCUUUUCUGUCUGGGGUGGGGAUCAACCUCACUGCAAUCACACUAAAAACUAUGCUAAUUAUCGAUGGGGCAGGAUCAGCACCUCUGGAUAAGAUUGCCUGACACUUUCCAUUAGAAACUUUUGUUUUCAGUUGCCAAACUUUAAGGUCUGAAAUUUUCCACACUUACCACAGGUUAAUUUUCUGGAAAGUUUGAGCAAAAUUGCUCAGCUGUUUUUGAGAAGGUAAGUGAACACCAGGUGGUUGUUUUUGUUUUAAAAAAACACUUUCCAAACCAUUUUGUAAAGGCCCUGUACUCUGUUAGGGGAGUGGAAGUGGAAGUUUGAAUUUACAAAGUCCUAGAGCCAGAGCGAUACCUCUCCCCAUGAAAAUCAUUCAGGCUGGCAAAACCACCAUUCGCACCUGCUCCAUAUUGGUGACUAACUGAUAGAUCUCAAACAUAAUUGGUAACAGAGAAUUAUCAAUGACUGAGGUUAUUAGUGGGGUUCUGCAAGGAUCAGCUCUUGGCUAAAGGCAUCCUAUACUUUUGCAAAUGAACUGGCAUCUGUCAUAAAUAUAAAGGGAAGGGUAACCAUCUUUCUGUAUACAGGGCUAUAAAAUCCCUCCUGGCCAGACGCAAAACCCUUUCACCUGGAAAGGGUUAAAAAGCUAAGAUAACCUGGCUGGCACCUGACCCAAAAUAACCAAUAAGGGGGCAAAAUACUUUCAAAAUCUGGAGGUGGGGGGGGGGAACAAAGGGUUUGUCUGUCUGUGUGAUGCUUUUGCAAGAAACAGAUCAGGAAUGCAGCCUCACAACUCCUGUUAAAUUAGUAAUUAAUCUAGCUAGAAAUGCGUUAAAUUGCCUUUUGUUUAAUGGCUGGUAAAAUAAGUUGUGCUGGAUGGAAUGUAUAUUCCUGUUUUUGUGUCUUUUUGUAACUUAAGGUUCUGCCUAGAGAGAUUGUCUAUGUUUUAAAUCUGAUUACCCUGUAAGGUAUUUACCAUCCUGAUUUUACAGAAGUGAUUCUUUUACCAUUUCUUUAAUUAAAAUUCUUCUUUUAAAAACC